AAAUGUGAUUAUAAAUAGGAUUAGUCACAUAAUAUAGAGAAGUGUAGAAAAGAAAGAGCAAAAGCGGAGUCUCUCUUGAAAGCUUAUCUCAGAGGCAGAAUCAUAGAGAUUAACAUCAAUGGGAGAGGAAGAAAAGAAAACAGAGGAAACCAAAACAGAGGAAGAAGAAACCAAGGCGGAGGAAAAACCGGAGGAAACUAAAGAUGAAGCUGCUGCUCCUCCUCCGCCGCCGGAGGAGAUUGUGCUUAAAGUGUUUAUGCAUUGUGAAGGCUGUGCUCGGAAAGUUCGUCGGUGUUUGAAGAAUUUCCCAGGAGUUGAAGGUGUGACAACUAACUGCAAAACUCACGAGGUUGUUGUGAAAGGUGAGAAAGCGGAUCCAGUGAAGGUUAUGGAGAGAAUUCAGAUGAAGAGUCGAAGGAAGGUUGAGCUUGUAUCUCCAAUCCCGAAUCCUCCUGUGGAAGAAAAAGUUGUUGAGGAAGAAGUGAAACCAGCACCACCUGAAGAGGAGAAGAAAGAAGAGCCUCAGAUUGUAACUGUUCUUAAAGUUCACAUGCAUUGUGAAGCUUGUGCUGAAGAAAUCAAAAAACGCAUACUCAAAAUGAAGGGAGUGGAAUCGGUUGAAACUGAUUUGGAGAAAUCGGAGGUAACCGUGAAGGGAGUGUAUGAUCCAGCAAUGUUGGUUCAAUACGUGCACAAGCGAUUUGGGAAGCAAGCUAUGAUUGUGAAUGAAGAGAAAGUGGAGGAAGAAGCGAAAGCCGAGGAAGAAAAAGUGGAGGAAGAAUCGAAAGCCGAGGAAGAGAAAAAAGAGGAGAAGAGUGAACAAGUGGAGGAGGAGAAGAAAGAAGGAGAGAGUGAGGCCAAAACACUAGAAGGAGCAAUUGUUGUACAAGAGACAAAACUGGAAGAGGAGAUUAAGAAAAAUGAACACUACUAUAAUCCACCGAUGGAUUUGUAUGCACAACCACCAUUAGGUUAUCAUGCAUAUCCACCAAUAGCUUAUCCUGCAUAUCCACCAUACUAUCAAGCAUACAUUCCACCAGCACCUCAGAUCUUCAGCGAUGAGAAUCCAAAUGCUUGCAGUGUUAUGUAAAAUUUAAUUUCACAAAUAUCAUGGGUCAUAUUGGAAAUAAGGGAUAAUUAGUUUUAUUUUGCUUUUGCGCCGUUUACAAGUCCUGCUAAAUAUACUAGAGUAUAAAUUGUUAUGCUAAACGAAUUCAGUUGAUAGUUCUGCAAAAACAUCAUAUAUUAUUAGAGGAUAGACUCUAUACAUAAAUCAUAUACUUUCGGUUGAAGUGGGAAUUUCUAUUUUGCUUUUUA